AUGACAUUGCCACUACUGAUAUGGCAGGUAACGUCUGUAGGACAGGCCCGGCGCAGUGUUCGCCGGAGUGGACACGGAGAAGAACGGAGAGGAGCUGAGCAGCACACUUACCGUGAGCAACAUCAGCCCCCAGGCUGCCGGCAAGUACACCUGCAAGCCGUACCUGUCCGGCAAAUCUGCAUCCGUCCUCGUCAGCAUACUUGAAGGUGAAAGGACUGAAGCAAUGCAGGGUCAAACUUCUUCAGCAAUUUCUUCUAAUAAAUCUUGGUCAACGAUGGUCAUACAUAUUACAUCAUUUUGGCUACUCGGGAAGUUCCAUUUACUGCAUUAAAAGAAGAAAAUGACGUAAAUAAUAUUUCGGCUUUUAAAUACUCUCCUCUGUAAUUUCUAUUAUCAUUAUUCGAAUGUCUCGUUUUCUUGUCACAGAUAUUUUUCAACUGUUACUCAGAAAUAAAUCUCAUCAGUUGGCCAUUUUGUAAAUAUCUUGUAUUAAUUGUAUAUAUGUAUUAAAAAUUUUCACAUUUAUGUGUAUAUAUUGUAAAUAGCGAAGGAUUUUAUUUUUUAAGAAUAUUGGCAGUAACAUUUUUAUGUUAGCUGUGUGUUGUGUUAUAGAUACGGCGAAGGCUAAUUUAUGUACACAUAAAAGUAAAAUAACUUUUCAUAUUCAGGUAUUAAUUGUUUUCCUGAUUUAAAUUUAUUAUAUGCACCUUUUAGUAAUUUUAUAUUUUAUUGAGAUAUAACACUUUUAUUUGCUGGUAAUUAAUAAAUGUCUUAAAAUAGUUAUUUUUACUAUAAAUGCAAAUUAUGAUCAAUGAAACAUGACACUAUAAACAUUUAUAUUACUAUCGGUAAAAUAUUUUAUAAGCUACUAUUGUAUAAGUAAAAUUUAAGUCAUAUUUUUUAGAAAUGUGAGCACAUUAAUACAAUCAUUAGUAAUUCUACUAUUUAUUUAUUUUUUUUUAUUCAUUUACAAUUGAAAUUUAUUUGAAAAUUUCGACAGGAUAUUUACUGAUAAAUAUAUGAAUUAUAAAUCCAGAUUUAGAUAUGUACCAUUCAUAAUAGUGAUUCCUAAAUAGGAUUAUUUAUUACUAAUUAAAGGAUAAGUAUUAAUUAUGGUCAAAGUUUUAUUGUAAUAUUUAUUUUUAGUUGAAUACUUUUUUAUAUGUAAUUCAAAUAAUAUCCUGUAAAUUUGUUACCAACAUUCGUAUUUAGUUUUAGAUUUAUAAACCUCGGAGGCUUAAUCAUGCAUAAUUAGUAAAUUUAUACUUAUAAGCAUAAUGCCACAGUUCUAUUUUAAAGUAGUUGGAGGAACAAUGAUAAGAUUAAAAAUAGUACACAAUAAAUAUAUAGAAAUAGAAAUCAUUGAAGCAUAGAAUAUGUAUUAAAACCACACGUACUCAAUUCCUGUCAUAGAAUUUAAUUCAGUAUUAAUUAUUAGUUUAAUUAAGUUUUAUACUUUUUUUAAUUUCAAUUUUAGUUAUAUUUCUUUCAGGAUUUUGCAAGAAUAAAUCUGUCAUUUUAUUUUAGUUACUUAAUUUUCUUUAAGUUUUAACCAAUUGUAAUUUUUGUCUUGUUAUGUAAAAAAAAAAAAUGUUUUUACUUUUAUUAAACUUAUAAAUAUACAAUUUCAAAUUAAAGGUACAAAUAAUUAAAUACAAAUUUUAAGAAGUCUAAUGCAGAUAAUUUCAGUUAUCAAGUAUAUAUUUAAGUUAGUGUUGUGUAUCACUCAUAUUUGUUUUAAAGAAUAUAAUUUCUUUCUUCAUCUAAAUAUCAUUCUUGAUUUUUUUCUAAAAUUAUAUUUGUUAUUAGUUUAUUUUCCUAAUUGAGCAGUUUUAUUUAUUUUAAAAAAAAUAAACUGAAUUAAUUUAUAUAUUUGUUGCAUUUAAGAAAAUAAAAUUGUAUUUUCACAUUGCAGCUUUCAACUUUGACCCAAAUGGAGUGUAUUUAUCUUAUUAUUAUCUAUUUAUUUUUCAACAUGUAUAUAGAAAAAAUAUAUUUUUAUUUUACAUGA